CACAGACAUACACUCGUUCUUUCUCUCAGAUACACACAGCACCCCACAUUCGCACCUCUGCCAGCGAGCCUGACUACACGGCUUCCCCGCCAGCCAGAUGCUGGAGGAGAACACACAUUGAUUUGCUGCUUUCCGACCCCCUAAUCAGUCUUUUUCCCAACACAAAGAUUUUUUUUUAAACAAACAAAAAAACUACAUAUAUUUUUCUAUUUGCACCUUUCCUCCGAGUCCCCCGCUCCACCAGCCUGCGCGCCUCUUAGCACCACUUUUCACUCCCAGAGAAAGAUGAAAGGUGGCUGUGUCUCCCAGUGGAAGGCGGCCGCGGGGCUCCUCUUCUGUGUCAUGGUUUUUGCAUCUGCCGAGAGACCGGUCUUCACGAAUCAUUUUCUUGUGGAGUUGCAUAAAGGAGGAGAGGAAGAAGCUCGCCAAGUUGCAGCAGAACACGGCUUUGGAGUCCGAAAGCUUCCCUUCACUGAAGGACUGUACCACUUUUAUCACAAUGGCUUAGCAAAGGCCAAGAGAAGACGCAGUCUACAUCACAAGCAGCAGUUGGAGAGAGACCCCAGGGUAAAGAUGGCCUUGCAGCAAGAAGGAUUCGACAGAAAGAAGCGGGGGUAUAGAGACAUUAAUGAGAUUGAUAUCAACAUGAAUGACCCUCUUUUUACAAAGCAGUGGUAUCUGAUCAAUACUGGACAAGCUGAUGGCACUCCUGGCCUUGAUUUGAAUGUGGCAGAAGCCUGGGAGCUGGGAUACACAGGGAAAGGUGUUACCAUUGGAAUUAUGGAUGAUGGGAUUGACUAUCUGCACCCGGACCUGGCCUCGAACUACAAUGCCGAAGCCAGCUAUGACUUCAGUGGCAAUGACCCCUAUCCUUACCCUCGAUACACAGACGACUGGUUCAACAGCCACGGGACCCGAUGUGCAGGUGAGGUUUCUGCCGCAGCCAACAACAAUAUCUGUGGGGUCGGAGUGGCCUACAACUCCAAGGUCGCAGGUAUCCGGAUGCUGGACCAGCCGUUCAUGACGGACAUCAUCGAAGCUUCUUCAAUCAGCCACAUGCCCCAGCUGAUCGACAUCUACAGUGCCAGCUGGGGCCCCACGGACAACGGGAAGACGGUGGACGGGCCCCGCGAGCUCACGCUUCAGGCCAUGGCCGACGGCGUCAACAAGGGCCGAGGCGGCAAAGGCAGCAUCUAUGUGUGGGCCUCCGGGGACGGUGGCAGCUACGACGACUGCAACUGUGAUGGCUACGCCUCCAGCAUGUGGACCAUCUCCAUCAACUCGGCCAUCAACGACGGCAGGACGGCCCUGUACGAUGAGAGCUGCUCCUCCACCUUGGCCUCCACCUUCAGCAACGGCAGGAAGAGGAACCCCGAGGCUGGCGUGGCGACCACAGAUUUGUACGGCAACUGCACCCUGAGGCAUUCUGGGACAUCCGCAGCUGCGCCCGAGGCAGCUGGAGUGUUUGCACUGGCUUUAGAGGCUAACCUGGGUCUGACCUGGAGAGACAUGCAGCAUCUGACUGUGCUCACCUCCAAACGGAAUCAGCUUCACGACGAGGUCCAUCAAUGGCGGAGGAAUGGGGUUGGCCUGGAGUUUAAUCACCUCUUUGGCUAUGGGGUCCUUGAUGCGGGCGCCAUGGUGAAAAUGGCUAAAGACUGGAAAACCGUGCCUGAGAGAUUCCACUGUGUGGGAGGCUCCGUGCAGGACCCUGAGAAAAUACCAUCCACUGGCAAGCUGGUGCUGAGCCUCACCACUGAUGCGUGUGAGGGGAAAGAAAAUUUCGUCCGCUACCUUGAACACGUCCAAGCUGUCAUCACAGUCAAUGCCACCAGGAGAGGAGACCUGAACAUCAAUAUGACUUCCCCAAUGGGCACCAAGUCCAUUUUGCUGAGCCGGCGUCCAAGGGAUGACGACUCCAAGGUGGGCUUUGACAAGUGGCCUUUCAUGACCACCCACACUUGGGGGGAAGAUGCCCGAGGAACCUGGACCCUGGAGCUGGGGUUUGUCGGGAGCUCACCCCAGAAGGGGGUGCUGAAGGAGUGGACACUGAUGCUGCAUGGCACGCAGAGCGCUCCUUACAUCGACCAGGUUGUAAGGGAUUACCAGUCCAAGUUGGCCAUGUCCAAGAAGGAGGAGCUGGAAGAGGAGCUGGACGAAGCCGUGGAGAGAAGCCUGAAAAGCAUCCUGCACAAGAACUAGCGCAGCAGCCGGGCCUCGACCGCCUCCCUCCGUCCCCCAUCUCUGCCUCUGUCCUCGGGCCACACUCUGUCAGGAACCUAGCAAUUACUGUCACCCUCACAUAAGCUAUUCCAACUUCUUGAUCUGAAGCUUCGCUCACUGUCAAUGAUUCUUUUCAUCACAAUGGACGCAAUCUUUUUACUUCCAUGCCCCAAAUACAGUGUUCCCACCAA